UCGAGAUUCAAACAACAAACAUCAAACUAAAAACUAUUAACUAAGUUCUUUCUAAAACUUUUGUUUCGAACUAAAAAGUGGUUUCUGCGUUUAGAUUUCAAUCGACAAAAUCGAAUUCAUCAAAAUGAACAAACAAUUGUUAUUCUUCAUUUUCGUUUCAUCUAUUGUUCUUUGUAAUUCGUUGGUUCGAGCUGAAGAAGAAGAAGAGUUCGAAGAUUCUUUCGAUGGUCAACAAAGAGAAAGAAGAGAUAUCUCAGCUGAUUUAGAAGGAGCCGAAUCAGCGGUUGGUGGUGCUGGAGGUGCUGGUCUUGCUGCUUUCAAGAAAGGUGCUGGUGGUGGCGGAGCUGCUGGAUAUCAAGCUGGUGGAGCUGGUAAGGCUGGUUAUGCUGCUGGAGCUAAAGGUGCUAAAGGUGGUGCUGCUUAUGGAGCCGCUGGAGCUGCUGGUGGGGCUAAAGGAGCCUCUAAAAAGGGUGGAUUCGCUUCUGGAGCUUUUGGUAAAAAGUAUGGAAAGAAAGGAGGAUUCGCUAAAGCCGGUGGUGCUGGAUACAACAAGAAAUACGGGCUUGUUAAGAAAUUUGGAAUGAGCCAAGGAUUCAAAUUCGGUAAAGCCGCUGGUUAUGGUGCUGCUGGAGGUGCUGUCGGAGGUAAAGCUGCCAAAGGAGGUUACGCUGGCGCUUCAGGAGCGGCUGGGUACAAGGGAGGAAAAGUCGGUGGUGGUAAAGGCUUCGCCGCUGGAACUUCAGGCUCUGCUGGAGCCAAGGCUGGAGCAGGAGGAGCAAGUGGAUUUAAGAAAGCCGCUGGUGUUGCAGGAGCAGCUGGAGUUAAAGGAAUCGGUGGAGGAGUUGGUUAUGGAUUCGGUAGAUAACCUGUUUCUUUUUUUCGUGAAUCAAUUUCUAAGUACAGUAUUUGUACUAGCAGCUCAAACUGUCGCAAUAUAAAAGUUUAUCAAAAUCUUCAUCAUUUGUAAAUUAAUUCAAAAAAGUUAAUUGUUUAAUUUCUUUAGCUGUAAAAUCAUCAUCACCGAAAGCGAAUCGCUUCCAACCAAUAAAAUUCUGUUUUCAACUGUCUAUUGAAAAGUAAUCUCACCAUUUAUUAAUUUAAAACUUAAUAAGUUAACCAUAUUCAUCAAUCAAAUAUCCUGUGUUA